CUACCCAAAAUCUGUCAGUGCUAGUCUAUAGUCAAAAUUUUGUAAAAAUUAUUCACGUGUGAAAUCCCGGCAAGCGUAGCGCAAUGUCUGGACCACCGGGCCCGGCGUCACGUCCGCCUACAGAGCCGCCCUGCCCAUGCACGAAAUGCAAGGAGCAGGCUCGAGCACAGAACGCCCAGAAUCAAGCGCCCGGAGUGCAAAAUGGUCGACCAUCGGGCAUGAGCGCUAGGCCGAUGCCAUAUUCAAAUCAAGGCGGCCCUUACCAAGGAUCGAGUCCGAGACCAGGACAGAGAAUGGGUCCUCAAUGUCUGUGUGGUAUUGGAAUGGGUCCGGGAAUGGGGCAGGGCAUGGGUCCGAGAAUGGGACCAGGAAUGCAGCCAGGAAGGGGCUCAAUGCGAGGCCCAGGAAUGGGACCACGAAUGGAUUCGCGAAGAGGUUCAGGGAUAGGCUCAGGGAGGGGCUCAGGAAUGGGACAGGGAAUGGGUCCAGAAAAUUGGCAAGGAAUGGAUCCGAGAAGAGGCUCAGGGAGAGGCUCAGGAAUGGGACAAGGAAUGAGUCCAGAAAAUUGGCAAGGAAUGGAACCAGGGAUGGGUGCAAAAAAUUGGCAAGGAAUGGAACCAGGAAUGGAGCCAGGAAUGAGUUCAGAUAAUUGGCAAGGAAUGGAUCCGGGUAUGGGCCCUGACAAUUGGCAAGGAAUGGAUGGAGAAAUGGGUCCAGAUAAUUGGCAAGGAAUGGAGCCAGGAAUGGAUCCAGGAAUGGGUUCAGAUAAUUGGCAAGGAAUGGAUCCAGGAAUGGGUGCAGAAAAUUGGCAAGGAAUGGAACCAGGAAUGGAUCCAGGAAUGGGUUCAGAUAAUUGGCAAGGAAUGGAUCCAGGUAUGGGCCCUGACAAUUGGCAAGGAAUGGAUGGAAGAAUGGGUCCAGAAAAUGGGCAAGGAAUGGAUUCAGGAAUGGGCCCUGAAAAUUGGCAAGGGAUGGAGCCAGGAAUGGAAACAGACUAUUGGCAAGGAAAUGAGCCAGGAAUGGGUCCAGACAAUUGGCCAGAAACAGAUCCAGGAAUAGGUCCAGAAAAUUGGCAGGGAAUGGAGCCAGGAAUGGAAACAGACUAUUGGCAAGGAAUGGAUCCAGGAAUCGGUUCUGGCAGGGGAUCAGGAGUGGGGUCUGGCAGGGGAUUAGGAGUAGGGUCUGGCAGGGGAUCAGGAGUGGGUCAAGCAAAUUGGCAAGGAAUGGUGGGACCAGAAGGUGAACAGGAUUAUGGGUAUGGGGCCGGACCGGGUAUGGAUAUGGGCUAUGACCAGUAUCAACCGGCAUCCCGUAGAGGCAGCGAGAUGUGUCGAUGCGUUGGCUCCCAAGGCAACGACCCUGCACAGGAAGGAAAACCUGGCGCUGUGGCAUUCGGUGUUAUGAGCUUUGGACGCAAAUCUAGCUUGAAUGAGCAUGUGGUCGGACGUGAUGAUGCUCAAAUACCAAGGACUGCUUGCAGCGUGGACUAUAGCCAAUAUGGUACCAGCGGACCCGUUGCCGAAGGCUUAAUGCGUGGACGCGACACGCUCGGACUGCCGGUCCACCUGCAAGGCAACAAGGGCCUCCUGAACGCCGUCAAUCGCAGCACCUGCAGCGAUCAUUUGGCCUGCGACGAGCUAUGCGGCAUCAAUACCGACUGCUUUGCGGGUUGCAAAAAGUAUUUGGGCAGUCGCGCCAGCAGCAGCAAUCAGGUAUCCGGCGGCGUUCGCAUUUGCAACAACGACUUCAUCAAUGCUAUCGCCACGUUUCUCAUGGAGGUGCUGGCCAUAUUAGUCUUUUUUGCCAUUUGCACGUUCACGUUUUGGAUAACGCUGGGCUACUAUAUAGUCCAGCUGAUGGUGGAUCUGAAGAACGCCGAUCGGAAUGUGCACGUGGCCGUGGGCACUGUGUUCGGCCUGCUGGUCCUUGCCUUUGCCAUAACGCUGGCCACGCACAGCGGUGGACCCUGCUACAAUCGUGCUCAUGCCAUCAGCAGGAGCAUCUCGGCGACCGCCUCCGGCAGUAUAGCCAGCUGCCAGAAGUGCAACCAGGCGGUGAUGGCCAGCGCCAAAAGGGUCUGCGCCGGCAAAUGCAAAGUGAGUGGCAAACCGAAGCCAAUGCCAAAGGCGAAGGUGAAGGCAAAGUCUUACUCGUCGCCAUCAUGCUCAGUGGCCAAGGUCAAGCCCCAGCACAAGUCCGCCGCCAGCAGGUCCAGAGGUAAAUACACGGAUUGCCAGGGCCGCAAGAUCUUUGAUAGGUCACGUCGCAACGCCGUCCUGACGGAAAUGAAGCAGCCGCCCACGUGGCUCCUCUGGCUGCGCGACAGCGCUAACAGUAUUUUUUGUCGAGGAUAAAUAGUUACGUACCGGAUCAACAAUUCGCUCGCACAAAAUUUAACGUUUGACAUUCUGAUAUUAACUAGAAACCGUAUAAAUAAAGCAAUUACCAUAGUCUA